UCAGUAGCUUUGUCUUUCUUCUGUUCACUUUUCAACACUUCGAAUCAAAAUCACGCACCGAGUUUACUUUGGCGCGUAUCAUCGAUGCUGAAAAUUAGCCCGGUAAAAAUGAUUCCAAAAACACAGUAACAAUCGCCUGUUUUUGUUUGAUGAACACGAGGCUUCUGCUUCUGAUGGUCAACUCGCCAGCAUAGCGGUCACUUGGCUGAUAUACUUAGUCACCUCUUUUCUUUCAAGAGGUCAAUCCAAGAUUGAUAUUCAUUUGAAAGAAUUAAGUCAAUGACCUCUGUGAACAAACAACAAAUGCAGCCCUAGUUCUUUUGCUUCAGGGAAUGUAUUGGUAACGGAAAUUCACACCCGUUGUCCAGAGCAAAUGUAACAAAGGUUUAGGUUCUUUUCGUGGAAGCCUAAGCUACUGUUUGCAGGGAUAGCCGUUCGAGAGAAGACUGGUCACAAAUGAAUUGACACUCCGUCAUGGCGAUAUGCAUUAAUGUGUAGCCCCACGUUGAACACUGAAGUGUCAUGGCGCUUUCCUUCAAGUUUUCAAAUAUCUUAGGCUCCGUCUAUCGACAAGGUAACGUGGUGUUCAGUGCUGAUGGCGAUUGUGUAGUGAGUCCAGUGGGUAACAGAGCAUCUGUUUUUGACCUUAAAAACAACAGAUCAUGGACUCUUCCUUUUGAAAACCAGAAGAACAUAUCAAGAAUUAGUUUGUCUCCAGAUGGCAGGACAAUUAUUGCAGUUGAUGAAGAUGGACGGUGUCUUCUAGCGAAUUUGAAAUCAAAGACUGUUCUUCAUCGUUGCAAUUUCAAAAAGCCUGUUUUUGAUCUGAAGUUCAGUCCAUGUGGAAGGUUUAUUGCAGUAACACAUGGGAAGCAUAUCAAAGUGUGGCAUGCUCCCGACCAAAGUAAAGAGUUUGCACCCUUCUCUAUCCAUCAAACCUACACAGGGCUUUAUGAUGAUGCUGUUUGUAUUGACUGGGCAUCAGGCUCAAGGUUUUUUGUGGUUGGCAGUAGAGACAUGACAGGUCGCAUCUUUUCAUUAUUCCCUGUGAAGAAUUUUGUUCCAGUGACCCUGUCAGGACACAGAAAUACUGUAAUAGGCUGUUAUUUUGAGGACAAAUCAUUAAAUACAUACACAGUGAGUCGUGAUGGGGCCCUAUUAUGUUGGAAGUGCCAGGGAAGCCUCAAGGAUUCACAAGUUUCUUCCAGUGAAACAGAUUCCAAACAAGGUGAUGAAAUUUCUCUUCACUGGAAGAAGAAGGCUAAGCACUACUACAAUCAAGGCAGCUCUGCUGAACUGACAACAACUGCAUUUCACAAGGCCUCCCAGCUCCUAAUAACUGGAUUUCACACUGGCCUGUUCACACUGCAUGAAUUACCAGACUUCAUUCUUAUCCACACCCUAAGCAUUUCACAACAGGCUAUUGAAACAGUGGCUGUCAAUAGUAGUGGUGAAUGGCUUGCCUUUGGAUGUAGUAACAUGGGUCAGUUGUUGGUUUGGGAAUGGCAAAGUGAAACAUACAUACUAAAACAGCAAGGUCACUACCAUAAUAUGAACACCAUGUGUUACUCUCAAGAUGGACACUUUGUUGCAACUGGAGGUGAUGAUGGCAAGGUUAAAUUGUGGAACAUGAUGUCAGGUUUCUGUUUUGUAACAUUUAACGAACACAGCUGUGCUGUUACGGGUGUUGUAUUUACACCUAGUAGUCAAGUACUGUUUAGUUGCUCCUUGGAUGGCACUGUCAGAGCAUUUGAUCUCCAUAGAUACCGAAACUUCCGUACAUUUACUUCACCCCAAGCAGUUCAAUUUUCAUGUGUGACUGUUGACAGUAGUGGGGAAGUUGUCUGUGCUGGAUCUCUUGACACAUUUGAGAUUUUUGUUUGGAGUGUUAAGACUGCACGUCUUACUGAGGUGCUUUCUGGACAUGAGGGACCUAUUUCUGGACUAGUAUUCAGCCCAUUGCAACCACUACUUAUAUCAGGAUCCUGGGACAAAACCGUUAGGCUCUGGAAUAUGUUUGAUAGUAAACUUUCAUGGGAAACCCUUAGUGUGGAAUCUGAUGUUUCAUCAGUGUGUGUGAGUCCUGAUGGCACUCAGGUGGCUGUUGCAUCGUUGGAUUGCCGCAUCACAUUUUUUGACAUAAGAGCGGGAGUUGAAGUAGGAACAGUAGAAGGGCGUAGGGACCUUGCCCUCGGAAGAAAACCUUCAGAUAAGAUUACAGCAAAAUCAAUGGCCUCUUCAAAAUACUUUACCAGUUUAAGCUACAGUGCUGAUGGAAAAUGUGUCCUAGCGGGUGGCAGAUCUAAGCGUGUCUGUCUAUAUCAUGUCAGUCAAAAGAUGUUGAUAAAACAAUUUGACAUAUCUGGGAACCUCUCUUUGGAUGGCAUGAAGGAGUUUCUCCAUGGUGGUAACAUGACGGAAGCAGGACCCAUAGGCCUAAUUGAUGAUAAAAGUGAUAAUGAUCUAACCCCAACUCUUCCGGGUGUUUUGAAAGGUGAUAUGAGCUCUCGCAGGUUUCAGCCAGAGGUCAGAGUGAACUCACUGCAGUUUUCACCCACAGGCCAGUCGUGGGCUGCAGCUAGUUCUGAAGGGCUAGUGGUAUAUUCUCUAGAAUCUCAUGAUGUGUUUGAUCCAUUUCAACUCGAAUGCAAUGUCACCUCCGAGAGGAUCUGUCAAGCUAGUAGUAACAAAGAACAUACAAAGGCCUUAAUAUUGAGCCUGAGACUGAAUGAACCAGAACUCAUUUGUCAAGUUAUGGAGGCAGUUGAACCUUGUGACAUUCCACUGGUAACACAUUCCCUAAAGGAGCCCUUUAUCGAACGACUGAUGCAGUUUAUUGUUUUGCAAUUGGAGGAGUCGCGCCACCUUCACUUCUAUCUUUUAUGGUGUCAUUAUAUGUUAACUGUACACGGGCAACAACUGAAAUCACAGGCUAGUGGACAAUCUGUUUUGUUGCGCAGCCUACAAAAGAGUCUCGUGAGACAACAACAAGACCUUAACAGGAUAUCAUCCAGUAACACUUACGCCCUCAGCUACAUAAAAGCCUUUGGCGACAUGCUAAAGUCUGAUAAUACCAUUGAUCGAACCCUGGAAGUACCUUCGAUCCUUGUGGGUAAAGAAGAGAAGAGACUGAACGAGAAUGAUGUUCAUCAAUCCUUCAAACACAAACCAUCUUAAAAUAAUAAAAAGCACACACCUUAAUUGCCU